AUGGGACUUGGCCUCUUGAUCCAGCGUACUAUCGCCAUUCUUUCUCUGGCCGAGAAGUUGGGUCUUGAGCUCAUCAACCUCGCGACUGGUGGAGCUACCACCAACAAUGAUUUCGUCGCUGGAGGUACAGGUGCUGAGUCGACAAUUCCUGUGCCUUCAGCUGCAGAUCAAGUUCUGUCGUUUCUAUCGUGGGAUAAACCUCAGGCUGGUGAUAUCUUUGUUCACUGGAUUGGUGCCAAUGACAUUCUUUUCAACACUAGUAUUACCGGAGCACAAGUCACGAGCUUGAUCAACGAAAACGUUAACAGACUAUUUCAAGCCGGUGCAAAGACUAUUAUCCUCGCAAAUUAUCUCAACGCAACAACCUUUCCAGCAACAUUCAACUCUUCAGCCUACAACGUACCCAGCGUGCAAGAAUAUGUUCCGGCCUUGACAAAGGGUCUCGAGCAAAUCGCAGCAGGAUACUCAGCAUACGCCAAGACCGCAGUGGUCGACGUGCAGGAUCUAUUCAACGACAUGUUUUCGGAUCCCGAGGCGUACGGGUUCGAUGAGGACUAUGUUAAUCCUCCGACUGCAUGUCUCACGGGGGUUUAUACGAGCGAGGGUGUUCCACGACAUUUAUGCAGUGAUCCCGAGAAGCAUAUCUUUUUCGACUCGUAUCACCCCGUUAAAGAGGUCCAUGCUUUAGUAGCAAAGUUGUUCGUAAAGAGUAUUGAAGGGUUCUCGGCUUGA